AUGAAAGGGAAGAUUGAUUCGUGCGUUGCAUCCACAGGUUCUUCGGAUUCACCAGAAGAUGCAGAUAAUGAAGCGUUCGUUGAAGGUGCAUCUAUGGAACUUUUAAACAGUAGUCUUAGAAGAAGAAUUAUUAACCAAGAACAAAGUAAAGGUGGUAAUCUUUCAGAAAAUCAGAAAGGUACCCCUAAUAUGGCAAGUACUGGAGGAAACCAAUUGAAUGAACCACCAUGCAUGUUGAAUACUGUAUUCGAAGUACUACUUCCUUUAGAACCCAAAAUAUCUGGAAAUCAUUCAUUUGAUUGCAAUAGAAUAGGGAAUGAAAACACUUUGACCAGCAUGAUGCUCGGAAAAGCACAAUUUAACUUCUGUAAGAAUUGUGGAGGUCUUGAAGAUUAUUGCAAAUGUGCAGGAUCUGGUGAUUUUGAGAAAGCUGUAACUUAUAAAGAGUCUAUUAAAAGUAAACUGGGACAAAAAAUAUCAGACAAUGUUGCAACAAAAGAUGUAGUUAGUGACAGAGAAUAUGAAUUGAGUUCUCAGGAUGAAAAUUUAGAACAAAAAAACUCAUCCAAACAGGAAGAAAGAUAUUUUACACCUUCAAGCUCAGUAGAAAGUAAUCACAUUCAAGAUUUAGAUACAAAACAAAACAACAAAAUGCCCACUUUUGUUGAGGAUUUGCACAAAACUGAUAUUGAAGUAGAUUCCAGGAUUGAUGAAACAUUUGAAGAAAAAAGUGAUAAUGAAACAAUGCAUGUACCAAAUACAGAAAGUUCCAUCGAAUUAGAAAACUUCACAGAAAAUGAAAAUACAGAAGGAAUAAUAGGAAGUGAAUUAGUCUCCAAAAUUGAGGAAGUAUCAUGGGCAGAUGAACAGAAAAGUGAGAUAAAUACUUCUACAAGAGUACCUUCAGAAGAUGGAGACAACCUAGGAAAUGAUGGUUUGCAGGUCUUUGAACAAAUGGAUCUGGAUGAUAUUCACCUAGAAAUUUCUCCUAAAUUAGAUUUACCUCUAUUAGAAGAACUCAAGGAAGCUGACAAAAAAUCAAAAAGAACAGCACACUUAAUUAACCAGAUCAAAGAGUCUAUAAAAAAAUUUCAAUCUAAAGAAAAUUUAACUGAGGAGGAUACAUUGGUAAUUAAAAUUAAACAAGUUGAGCUAGCAAAAAAGCUUGCAGAAUUUGAAGAGAUUACCAGACGAGUGCAAAACCUUGUGGGCUUAGCAGAGUUGAACAACAUUGAACAUUCUGUAACAGUAUCAAAAAUUGAUGAUCAAACAGAAAUAUCUAAAAGUAUAUCGUUAACUGAAUCAAUGAGUACAGAUUUACCAACUGCUGAAGUAAAUGAAGAAAAAAGUAAAGAUGAAUCACCUGAACCAAGUGAAGCUGAACAUAAUUUUGUUUCUGAAGAUAGAAAUGAGGAUUCUGCUAAAGUUGAAGAAAUGGAAAUUAUUCACACAAAAAAUAGUUUUUCCCCACUCAUAAGUGAGGAUAAAAUAUCUUUCUUGGGAAAAGACAAUGAAGUGACAAAUUUUUUAAUGAUGGACAAGAUCAUUCCAAAAGUAAUUGUAUGUGGAUCACAAGAUAGUAUGCCAAGAGUGAUUGUUUGUGAAAAACCAAAUACUCAGCCAGCUUCUUCAACAAGCUACAUUCAAUCUCCAAUAUAUCCUGAGUUUGUUCCUCCCUUUCCAUUUAAGGAAGCUCCUCUCUUUGACAAGAAGACAGAGGUCCCAGAAAUGAUGAUUUCUCUUAGUGGCCGUUUGAGUGAAAGUUAUAUACUGCAGGAGAAACUGGCAACAGAAAAUGCAGUGCUUGAGGAUGGAAGGUACUUUUUGCAAGAAGAGUUAUUGAAACGAGAUAAUAUUGUGGAUGCCCUACAAAAAAAAGUAGGAUGUCUGCAGAGUGAGAUGCGAAUAAUUGCUAAAGAAAAUAUAGCAUUACAAGAAAAGUUAGAAGAAUUUAACAACAUGGAUUGUGGCUGCAAUAAGAAGACAAAAGCAACUGGGAGGCCAAUGCCUCCUUGCUGUCCUCCAUAUCCGAAUAACAAUCUGGAAAGACAAUUAAACAUGAUUGAAGGUGAGGUGAGGAACAUGCAAACUGAAUUACAACAGGUUCAAAAGGAGCGACAGCAAUUAGAACAACAGAGAAAACAACUUAAACCAGGUGGAGGUCAGAAACCAAAGCUUCCAUGUAUACCUCAGACAUGCACAUGUGGUCCUAAUGCAGGAAGAGGGGAGAAUGCAGAACAAAGUCUGCGUGAACUGAGAGAACAAUAUGCAAGAUUGGAGGACGAUUUUAAAAACAAAGUAGCAGAAGUGUCAUCUUUGCGCCAUGAAUUAGAAAAGUGCAGAUGUAAAUGUCAAGCAGCUGAAGAAGCUCAAGAAGCUGCUGAAGCAGAAUGCAGAUGUUACCAAACUCAGUUGAAAUCUGCUGAACAAGAAGCAAAGAAAAUGUUAAGUGCGAAAGAGCAAAUGAUGGAACAAGACCAACAAUUAUGUGUUUGUAAACAGAGAUUUCGAGAAGCACAAGAUGAGUUGGAAGAGCUUCGAGCUCUGAUCCAAGAUCAGACAACACAACUUGAGGACUAUAGAAAUAAAUAUUUACAAGCUCAGCAGCAAGUAGAAGAACAAAGAAGGCAGAUUGAUGUCAUGGAGAUGGAGAACAGUCGAAUUAGUGACCAAGUUAACUUAGAAAUACAGAGAGUAAAGGCUCAAUUCCAAGAAAAGCUUCAAGAGUUAACUCCACUACCUGACAUUCUUAAAGCAACUCAAUUGAAACUUCAAGAGUGUCAACAAGCUCGCAUCUUAGCUGAACAUAAUGUUGAAGAAUUAUCUGCUGAACUACAAGCCCAGAAAGAUCAGUUGGAUACAUUAAAAAGAGAAAUGGAUGACAAUAUUACUAGCAGGGCUGCUCUAGGAAAUGAUGUAUUAGAAAAACUUAAAGAAUUAGAAGCAAAAUGUAAUGAUUUGAGAGAUGAAAAUUCCAGAUUAAGAUCGGAGUUAAUACGUUUGGAUGAAAUUGCUGCCCAAGCCCAGAGAAGACUGGAGGAAAAAUCACAUGACGCAGCUCAGUUAGCAGCUCAGUUGGACACAGUGCGAGAGGAGUCAGCCAGACAAGUUGCUCGAACUAAAGAUCGAGCUGAAACAAUGAGGCGUUCACUUCAAUGUCAAAUAUCAGAAAUGGAGCGCCAAUUAGCUCAGAGUCGAGCUACAGCUAGAUCUGCUCAAAAGGACAGAGAUGAGUGUCAUUGUUCAGUGAAAGUCUAA